AUGGCUCUACCUCGAUCAGAAUAUCUCUCCGACGUCUGGCGCGAUGGUAUCUUUGAUAACAAAGUUGUCUUCUGCACUGGCGGUGCAGGUUCAAUAUGUUCCGCCCAAGUCCGCGCAAUGGUUCACCUAGGAGCAAACGCAUGCAUUAUCGGACGCAAUCCUUCCAAGACUGAAUCCAUGGCCAAAUCCAUAUCGACAGCACGUCCUGGGUCCAUCGUUCUCGGGAUUGGCAAUGUGGACGUGAGGGACAUAAAGAGUUUGGAGAAUGCGGUAGAGGCAUGCGUGAAGGAGUUAGGAGGCAUUGAUUUCGUGAUCGCCGGAGCAGCCGGAAACUUUAUUGCCCCUCUCGAUGGUCUCUCUUCCAAUGCUUUCCGAACCGUCCUCGAAAUUGACACUCUCGGCUCCUUCAACACUCUCAAAGCCACUCUCCCGCAACUCCUGAAAUCCGCUUCCGCCCAUCCAAAUAAAGCAUCCAACCCCAACACUGGUGGCCGCAUCCUUUUUAUCUCAGCCGCGUUCCAUUUUACAGGAAUGCCACUGCAAGGACAUGCAGCAGCAGCAAAAGCAGGUGUCGAUGCUAUUUCAGCAACGGCCGCCUUGGAAUAUGGUCCUAGGGGAAUAACUAGUAAUGUGAUUACGCCAGGACCCAUAGAAGGAACGGAAGGAAUGGCAAGGUUGGGCGAUAAGCAGAGUGAAGCAAACGGUGAUGCGCAAAGAAGAAACCCAUUGGGGAGAUAUGGUAGCGUGAAGGAAAUUGCGGAUGGAACUGUAUACCUAUUCAGCGAUGCAGGAAGCUACGUCAAUGGAGAAGUUUUGGUUAUUGAUGGCGGAAGCUGGAGACUUCCGGGGCCCAUGGCUGGAGCAAAGAGAUACCCUGAUUACUUACUAGACGAUACGUUCGUACGACGAAAGGAGUCCAAGCUAUGA